AAGACGGCCGGGGAGUGGCAGGCAGAGCAUCAAUGCCAGUGUGGAAUGUAGACAUGUUUGAUGCCUGAAGCCCGAUGGGGUCUGGAGCCAGCCAGAAAGAAGAUUCAGACGCCGCCCCUUCCUCACAGUCCUCACAGCCCUCGGAGUCCAGCGACUGGUCCUCGCGCCCGCCUACCAUUCUCAUCACCGCACCGUCACGUGACGACAUCUACGCCUCGCCGUCCACGCUGACCAUAGCCGAUGCCAUCAAAGACCGGCGGCCUCCGACGCAGCCGUUUGUUGUCGGGAAGAAAUUCAUGCCGGAUAAAUGAGCCAAGAUGUCCGCCAUGAUGGUCCUUCGAAUUAGCAUGGAAGUCGCAGGAGAGGAAGAACCGGAGCCGAUAAAGCUCAAAUCCAUCAAGAAUAAAGUAUUUACAGUGCCUAAAAAUGACAGGUUGGGGAGCUGUCGAAGUGUCGGAGAGUUUGAAAAGCUGAACCGAAUCGGGGAAGGAACCUACGGCAUCGUUUACCGAGCACGGGACACCAAGUCCCAUGAAAUCGUAGCUCUGAAGAAGGUUCGCAUGGACAAAGAGAAAGAUGGGAUCCCCAUCAGCAGCCUGCGGGAGAUCACCUUAUUGCUGCGACUCAGACAUCCCAACAUCGUGGAGCUGAAGGAGGUGGUCGUGGGAAGCCAUCUUGAAAGUUUGUUCCUGGUGAUGAGCUACUGUGAACAGGACCUGGCCAGCCUGCUGGAGAACAUGCAGACUCCUUUCACCGAGGCUCAGGUGAAAUGUAUCGUCUUGCAGUUGUUGAGAGGUUUGGGGUACCUCCACCACAACUUCAUCAUACACAGGGACCUGAAGGUGUCCAACCUGCUGAUGACAGACAAAGGCUGUGUGAAGAUAGCUGAUUUUGGACUGGCUCGCAUGUACGGCAUCCCCCAGCAGCCGAUGACGCCCCGGGUGGUCACACUGUGGUACAGAGCUCCUGAGCUCCUCCUGGGAAGUAAGACUCAGACCACAGCGCUGGACAUGUGGGCCGUGGGCUGCAUCCUGGCGGAGCUGCUGGCCCACAAACCUCUACUGCCUGGAACAUCUGAGAUCCAGCAGGUGGACCUCAUAGUGCAGCUGCUGGGCACGCCUAACGAAAACAUUUGGCCGGGUUUUUCUGCCCUGCCUCUGAUUGGUCAGUACAGUCUAAGGAAGCAGCCCUACAACAACCUGAAGAAUAAAUUCACCUGGCUGUCUGAAGCUGGACACAGGUUGCUCAACCUGCUCUUCAUGUACAACCCACAGCGCAGAGCGACUGCCAAAGAUUGUUUAGAGAGUUCCUACUUCAAGGAGAAACCUCUACCCUGCGAGCCCGAGCUGAUGCCGACCUUCCCUCACCAUCGCAACAAACGUGCCGCCUAUCCGCCAGAGAGAAACCCCAAACGCACCAAGGUCUGACACCGUGCGGGGACCCCCCGGCCAGCUUCAUCCAAGACCAAAUCCGUCUUCUUCAUGUUGAACCUAUCCACAUGCUGCUCAAUCCGUCUCUAUAGAAACCAUGCUAACCUUCAUCAUUCCCACUUAAACGCCUCCGUCAUUCCAUAAAAUAGGAGUCAUUCUACAUCCUGUAAACCACUUCCUGUUAUCUUCAAUCCAUGUGAAAAUAGUACACAAAUAAAGCAGUAUUACUCAUGUA